AUGAGCACUUCUGAACACUCAGCCGUGGUUGCACCCGUGGACGCAGAAGAAGGCGAGUUCCACUUUGAGUACACGGUGCACAAGGGCGUGUUUAUGCAGAGUGAAGACGAGACGGACGAUACCAAGUUUGAUUUUAAAAAAACCAACUUCGGACUUAUCCCCCGCUCGUAUCCGACGGAUGCGCACGCCGACGACCAGAGGCAGUGGAAGCGAUUGGAAAAGUAUGUGCGUAGCUUGGCGGCUACUGCGAGCUGGAAUGAGCGUGUAAAGCUGCUUUUUCUCGGCCGCCAUGGCCAGGGGUGGCAUAAUGUGGCGGAGACAAAGUAUGGGACGGAAGCUUGGGAUUGCUACUGGUCCGCUCUCGACGGCGCAGACGGCAUCACGUGGGCAGACGCACAUCUGACGCCCGUCGGCGAAGCCCAAGCCAAAGACGUGCGUGAUCUGUGGGCAGCGCAGAUUCCGCUUGGGAUUCCGCUGCCGGAGAAAUACUAUGUUUCGCCUUUGACUCGCACCAUCCAGACCGCCGACCAAACCUUCUCCUCUCUCCCGCUCCCCGCCACACACGCCUACAAACCCCUGAUAAAAGAGCUGCUCCGCGAAGCCCUCGGCAUCCACACAUGCGACCGCCGCAGCACGCGCUCGCACAUCCACACUUCCUUUCCACACGUCGUUUUCGAACCCGGGUUCGCGCAGAACGACCAUCUCUGGCUGCCGGAUUACAGGGAGCCGCGGUCUGCGCGCAGGUACCGGCUUGCUGUGUUGCUGGAUGAGCUGUUUUCGGCAACCGAGGAGGAUGGAGAAGGCCGACGGGAAAUAUUUGUGUCGUUGACGAGCCAUUCCGGUGCGAUUGGAAGUAUAUUACAGGUUUUGGGACAUCGGUCCAUCAUUCCUUCCUUUCCUACGCCUCAGUAUCAGCAGCAGCAGCAGCAGUAUGAGAAGAAUAAGUAG